CCUAAACUUCACUGGUGGUUGGAGAAGUUCUUCUUGUAGCCAUCAGCCUGUUAGUGAAGCAGCCAGAGAAGCCGUGCCGCCUUCCACCUGUCUCCGUACAUUCAACCCCUGAGUCCGACUGCUCGGCGCACUCAUCUGAGACAUACACUCAGUGCCAUAGGUUGAGGUUUUAUCUGCCAGCAUGGAGGAUUCGACAGAGCAGUCCCACUGGGUGUCUCCGGCUCUGCUCAGCUCAGAUCCUCUGGCUGCUUUCUCCUCUGAGCCCGGCCUCCUGCCUCCAGGAGACGAGGGAGAGGUCUUCUUCUCCAGCCAGGACACAGACUACAGCAGCCUGCCCUCUUUCUUCUCCACCCCGAGCCACAGCCGAGCGCCGCCCACCUACAGACACAGCUCGGUCCGACAGGUGUUCAGCUCACCGAGCCUCCUCAGCAACCUCCAGCUGCUGGACGGGCCGGGCAGUAGCCACUCCCUGAGCUCACCCUACAACCCCCCGUGCUCCACCUGGAGCAGCAACUCCCUCCCUAAGAUCCCGCUACACUCACACACCCCAACCUCACUCUACACCCCCUGCAUCACCUCCUCCUUCAACACCUCCAGGGAUGGAUACUUGUCUCCAAACAGAGAGGGCAGGGAGAGCCCCCGGCUUCAGGAGGCCCUGAAGGCCGAGCGCCUGAGCCCGCUAGGAGGGUUAGGGGUCAGCAGUAGUUUUCUGAAUCUGACUCCUGCUGCUGGGAGUGUUUACACUCCCUCGUCCCACCCACACAUGCUGAGCCCCUACAGCUCGUACAUGACGGGUCCACAAGAGUACAACUCUGCUGCCCUUUACUCCAGCCCCGGAGCGUGGAUCAGCCCCUCGUACUCUCCGAAACUCCGCAGUAAGCUGAGGAUAUCCACUCCAGAGGCCAGAGAGUGUGUUAACUGUGGAGCCACAGCUACCCCUCUGUGGCGCCGGGAUGGUACAGGCCACUACCUGUGUAACGCCUGUGGACUGUACCACAAGAUGAAUGGUCAAAACAGACCACUAAUCCGGCCCAAGAAGAGACUGAUUGUCAGCAAGCGGGCAGGUACAGUGUGUGCUAACUGUCACACAAGCACAACAACACUGUGGAGACGCAACGCCAACGGAGAGCCUGUGUGUAACGCCUGUGGACUCUACUUUAAACUGCACAAUAUCAACCGGCCCCUCGCCAUGAAGAAGGAGGGCAUUCAAACGCGCAACAGAAAAGUGUCCAACAAGAACAAGAAGAGCAAGAAGACCGCCAUGUUUGAGUUAUACUCGGAUGGGACGCAGCCCCCCUCCCUGGACGACAACUGCGGGCCAUAUUCCCUCGGCCCCGGUACUCUCCUCACAUACAGCCACACACCACAUCUCAUGCAAACACCACCGCCCCUGCAUCCCUCACACUCAUUUCAAUACACACACCACCUCAACACUGGGAUGAUGCCUACAAUGGUGUGAAAUGACAGAACAGGCACCUAGAAGCUGUGUGUAUUUAGGAAUCAGCACGCUCGCUUGUCAGCUAUUUUGUGUGAAUUUGUACAUAUGUGUUUCUACAAUGGAUGACUGAAGUUUAUUUUCACUGUAUAUUGGUAGAUAUUAUCUGGUCAAGUAGGUUAUGUUUGAAGUCAGAUACAAUCACUCUACUGAGGUUGCUGCACAUGUAAACACAGUGGUAAGGGGUUUGUUUCAGCUGUAAAUACACACACAGAUUUGACUGCCCACCUUCUUCUGUUAUUCAUAAUAUGAAAUCAUACUUUUUGUGUUGAACAUGUUCCAUAUUCAAACUCUACAGAGAAAAUAAUAAAAUGUAUUCUGCUGGAGUUAU